CGGAGGCGAAAAAACGCAUUAAAAUCUCGCCUCCGCCAUUAUUCCUCCCUCCCAUAUCUGCUCUCCCCGAAACUCUCCCCCAAACCCCAAUCGCGCGAGCCCGCCCGCACGCACGCACGCCAGCCCAGCGCCUCCGCUCCGCAAUCCCCCGCACCAAACCCUAACCCUAGGCCCGCCAUGGCCGGCGACGGGACCGACGCCGCCUUCGAGGACGAGGUGGAGCCGACGGUCACCAUCAGCGAGUACAUGGAAGGCAUCGAGGCCGAGGAGCUGGAGGCGGAUUUGGUGCUGGGCGGGGACGACGGCAACGAGUGCACCUACGACGCUGGCUACCUCAAGCGCCAGGCCGUCUUCUCCUGCCUCACCUGCGUGCCCGACGGCGUCGCCGGGGUCUGCACCGCCUGCUGCCUCGCCUGCCACGACGGCCACGAGGUUGUUGAACUUUGGACGAAGCGAAAUUUUCGUUGUGACUGUGGCAACUCAAAGUUUGGAGGUCACCUCUGCAAACUUAGUCCUGAGAAAGAUCCUGAAAAUCCAGCAAAUUCUUAUAAUCAGAACUUCAAGGGUUCCUACUGCACAUGCAGUAGGCCCUAUCCUGAUCCAGAAGCCAAGGAGCAAGUUGAAAUGAUACAGUGCUGUAUUUGUGAGGACUGGUUUCAUGAGGAUCAUAUUGGGCUUGACUCUAUGGAGAAGAUACCAAAGGAUGAGGAAGGGGAGCCACUGUAUGAAGAAUUCAUAUGUCAUCAAUGCUCGCCUGUUUGUUAUUUCUUGAAACUCUAUCCUGAUACGAUCUGGGCUUCUAGUAAGCAGAGUUCUGUGUCAGAAGCUGUUACUGCCAAUUCAAAUGGUAUGGAAGGAGGUUCAUCAGGUCAUGCUGACACUGAGAAAAAUGAAAACGGUGCUCCUGUAGACCAUCAAAGCAUUGAAAAUACCUUUGUCGAGGAGAACCGUACAAUAGACAUUGCAGCUUCAGAUAAGUCCAUUUUGGGUGACAAUUCAGGCGGCAACUGUAAGAUAGGAGUGGAUAUAAAUACAACAUCAGCUGAUUUGGAGAAAACUAUGCCCUUUUUCAUGUCAAAAGGCUGGAGAGAGACCCUGUGUAAAUGUGGAACAUGCACCAACUUCUAUGCACAACGAGGCAUUGCACAUCUUACUGAUAAGGAGGACUCUAUUGAGGAAUAUGAGAAGAUAGCUAAGCAGAAAAGGGAGAAGAAGUUGGAGCAGCAGGAAGGAGCUGAAGCUAACUUCAUCAAUUCACUUAACCAUGUCCAGAAGAUAGAGAUUCUGAGUGGCAUCAAUGACAUGAAAAAUGAGCUUCAAUCCUUUAUGGAAUCCUUUGAUCCAUCAAAACCUGUUACAUCUGACGAUGUAAAAUCUAUUUUCAAGAACCUUGCUAGGAAGAAGCAGAGGUUAUCCUGAGCUUCAAUUGCUUCAGGUCUUGCUUGAGAGGGUGUGCCCCGCUGCUGCUACUCUAAAAUUUCCAACUGCUAUCUGGCCACCGUCUUGGUGUGGGUACUGUUAACUUAUGCUGUGGCCACCACGGCGUGUUUAUCUACUGUACUGUAAUGCUAGCUUCGUCGUAGUUGUGCUAGAUGUUUCAAAGUCAGCUCGUGGUAGUGAUCCGAGCGACCGCUGGAGUGAACUGCAUGUUCCAUUGGAUCAGAACUUUGUGGUGAUUCGCAUUGCCCAAAAAUGUGUUCUCCAUUGCUGCUGCAGAGAACUUGCUCU